UAAUAGAUAGAUAGAUAAAAGAGAGAUCUUGAGAUUUUGAUAGCUUACGAAAAUGGCGAUAACUCUCAACAAUGGAUUCAAGAUGCCAUCAAUCGGCCUUGGAGUAUGGAGGAUGGAAGGAAAAGACAUUAGAAACCUCAUCAUCAAUGCUAUCAAGCUCGGAUAUCGCCACUUCGACUGUGCUGCUGAUUACAAGAAUGAAGGAGAAGUUGGUGAGGCACUAGCUGAAGCAUUUCAGACUGGAUUAGUCAAAAGGGAUGAUCUUUUCAUUACAACUAAGCUCUGGAAUUCUGAUCAUGGGCAUGUACUUGAAGCUUGUAAAGACAGUCUCAAGAAGCUUCAACUGGAUUACUUGGAUCUGUAUCUUGUUCACUUUCCAAUAGCCACAAAACACACUGGAGUUGGUACUACUUCGAGUGCUUUGGAUGAGGAUGGUGUUCUUGAUAUCGACGUAACCAUAUCCCUUGAAACUACCUGGCAUUCAAUGGAAGAUUUAGUUUCAAAGGGUUUAGUUCGUAGCAUAGGAAUCAGCAACUAUGACAUAUAUCUAACCAGAGAUUGUCUAGCCUAUGCUAAAGUGAAGCCAGCAGUGAACCAGAUUGAAACUCACCCAUAUUUCCAGCGCGAAUCUCUUGUGAAAUUCUGUCAAAAGCAUGGUGUUUGUGUUACAGCACAUACACCACUUGGAGGAUCUGUGGCUAACACUGAAUGGUUCGGCUCUGUUUCGUGUUUGGAUGAUCCCAUUCUCAAGGGAUUGGGUGAGAAGUAUAAAAAGAGUGUAGCUCAGGUUGUUCUUCGAUGGGGGAUUCAGAGAAACACAAUUGUGAUUCCGAAAAGCUCAAAGGUGGAGAGAUUGGAGGAGAAUAUCAAAAUCAGUGACUUCGAGCUGAGCAAUGAGGAUAUGGAUCUUAUCAAAAGCAUUGAUCGAAAAGCUCGUACAAACCAGCCUGCUGUAUUCUGGGGUAUCGAUCUAUUUGCUUGACUUUGCUCAUAUCCAUUUUCUUAUAUCAACUAUGCAUUUUCUUGUUUUGCGGUGUUUAAUGAUUGAAAAUUAGGAUCAUGAAUUUUGAACAUUGUUGAUCCAAUUUGAAAGUCAUCUUAAUAUAAACUACCAUCUUAUUUGUCAAA